AUGCUACUGCAGCAUGAUGAUCUUAUCAAUGACGACGAGGUAUCAAAACAAAGGUUUCACAUAGCAGAGCAUGUACACAUCGUUAUUCUAGACGAGAAGAACGAAUAUGAAGGCCAUAGUCUCAAAUAUUUGUACGCUAAGGUAUUUGUUAUAGAACAACCGUUUCAUUACGUCAUUGCUAUAAACUCACUACUGCUGUUAACGAUUUCGGAUGAAAAUACGCGAAAUUUUAUUGGGGCCGCUAUUCUCUUCUAUCAGCUGACAAAAACAAUGACUGCGCAGUUAAUUGAAUUGGAACAGACUUCACCCACUCCUGGAUAUGUACCUAAACGUGCACCAGAACGUGCUGCGUACACUAUACCCAUGAACAACUAUUUUGUCGCAUACACGGAUAUCAAUAAAUCUGCUCAUUUUCCCGUUAAAGGCAUACGACGAAAAUGCUUCAACGCAUUUGGGAAAGCAUGGGAUGGCGGCAACGGAUUUCAGCACACAUUCUUCAACGGCGAAGUUCAUUUAGACGAUGUUGGGGUUUUGAUUACUCGUUAUAACACACAAUAUGGGAAAUUGAUUGAUUCCACCGUUUUGUAUACGUUUUUUCAGACUUAUCAACUAGAUGAGAUAACACGUUAUGUCGAACGGAAUGAAGAGUAUCUGCCAACAUCGAGCCAAUGUAUUGUACGAAUCGAUCGAGAAAUGUAUGAAUAUAAACUAUCUGUUGCAUUCAAACCGACACUAAUAUAUGACAAUGAAAUGGUGACUCCACCCAUGGAGAUACUCAGAGUUACAUGUGGUGGUGGUCCGACCGUCUGUUUCGAGUUGUCAUCCGAAGACAAGUACUUCAAUGACAACCGAAACUUGUUUACCAAAAUUAGCCCACAAAACUUGUUUCGAUCAGGAGUAGCAGCUGAAACUUUUUUAUUUCGCACAUCAAGGCUAGAACGGGAUUAG